CGCCGGCAAGCGAGUCGCAAGUCGUCUUUCACAAACACACCUGCGUUGGCAGAUGCUCCGUCCUCCAGCGACACAGCGGCCCUCGCUCCAUCUUCUGGGCCGCUCGCGUCCUCGCCUAUGCUCGCCUACUGCCAUUCGCAGGCCUGCGCCUCAGGCACGCACCCUCUUCGGGUGGUUCAGGAGAUCCAAAGCUGCGCAGGCGAAAAAGGACCCCAUCCCGGUGCUCAGUCAGGAUGACCUUUUCCACCCGUUCUCAAAGUCGCCGUUCCCUGCACUUCGAGCUCGUGGAGAGGCGAUUCAGAAGCUCGCACCGUGUCCUGUAUGCGCUGCAGAAGCGAAAGGUGCCAACGGCUCGCAUAUCCACACGCACGCCCAGCCGAAGGCGGUCAAAUUCGAAUGCCCCGAUUGUGGAUGGCCGACACAUUGCUCAGAGGAGCAUUGGAGCAUGGAUACAGAACACAAAAAGUACUGCUCAAGGUUGAGGGAGGCGAACGAAGAUGAGCAUGAUUUGCGGAGUGGUCGGAGAAUGCGGGAAUUCGAGCUACCAGGUCCUCAGGACUCCGAGGCAGCUAUUUCUUUUGCCAACUGGGAUGUCUACUGGUACACCCGAAACUUCCCGUCUAUGGACACGGAUCGGGCACGGCGACAUGCGAGCAAGCUACUCAGCUACCCAAUUACAAUCGGCUCCGUCUUACAUCAGUUCAGUGGAUUGACAUUGCGCAAUCAACGGCUUACGCCCGAGGGCAGUCGUUCUUUAGCUGCUCUGCGGACUACACUGCAUGUUCCUCCUGGGGCACCGGAAGUGGAGGCUGCGGCUGCAUUAAAGCCGCAGGCACGAAUCUUCAUCCUGGGUGCUCGGGCGGAAUCAUCGUUACCGCCACAUGUCUGGGAGCAGCUCUGUCUACUCUUCCCCUCUGCGCUGUUCCACCUCUAUUUCAUUGGUCCUCAAGUCUCACUACCAAGACCCGCGAGUGAGCUGAAGAAACCAACCAACAAGCCGCAGCAGCCAAGCUCGGAAGGACAGCAGUCAUCAUCAACAGCCUCUUCCUCGGAGAGUACGUCGCAGGCGGGGGAGAAGCCUGCAGACGAGAAGCCGGCAGACGAGAAGCCUGUCUACGUGCCGAACAUCUACGAGCCUCCUACUCCGGCUCCGAUCGCCCGACUGAAGCGCACCAGGGAGUCGAUCAAGGAAUACGGCGUCCCUUCGUACACUGUUCCCUACACGCCGCAGCUUACCAUCACCGGCAUGCAAGCGACGUACAUGGACGUGCACGCACAUUUCCAGGAGUCCUACGACCCAUACACCGAUUGCUUCGUCCUAUUCUCGCCUGGGCUUGGAUUCCCAUCGCCAAACUCGACAUCAGAGGUCACCGGAGAGCCUUUGCUGCAGAUCGCUUCGCCGACGGAGUGGGGCCCAGUCAUCCCCUUGCUGCUCGCGAGCAAAUGCCCCAUCUUCGUGACUGGCUUCUCUCCUGCGGAUGUGGAGAGGGACGUGAAGUCACUCUCGACCGCCCCUGAGGUCGCCGGCGAGUUUGACUGGGUGAUUACACCGGGGCCGAACGCCUUUGGGAGCGAGAAGUGGGAGGUAGCAGACUUCGAUCCUCGCGUCAUGAUCAAGACGAACUGGGGUAUCUGGGGCAUCCGAGGGAAGAGGAGGGACGUGCAGGAGUCGAGGAAGUGGUUCUUCUAGACAUCGCAGUACACACUUUAAUGCUACUGUAUAGCAUAGCAUCCGUCAUUCUACGCUACCUUACUCCUCAGUCCUCUUGACCAUUAUGAAGUAACUCAGUGAGCGUCUCUCUGAGUCCCAGCCACAGACGCGGUUGAUCACGUG